AUGCCUACCUCGACCGUCUGGCGCCGCAGCCACGAUCUGGCAGGACCGCAAGGUGCGAGCCCUCUGCGCCCAUCCGCCGAAUUCAUUGAGCGCCUUUCCCCUGAUCCCAUUUUCGGAUCCCCUACGUUCGACUACCCUUCGCAUCUCCUACGUCCUUCGCCUGAAAGCGGCUUCUCAUUGAGAGGACUCGGCCUCUCCGAUAUUGGAACACUCAAAACAAAUGAAUCCGCCGCACAACCAGAUCACCUAUACUACGAUCACAACGGCGCCGUUCACGUUGCGGGCAGGACGAAAGGUGGCGCGGGUACACACAAUGGACGCGCUCGAGUCGGAUCGCUGGAUUGGGCAACGAGAAACGCUCAUCCUGCCUCGGGCUUCUUGCAAGACAGUCGACGCAUUCAUGGAAAGGGACAUACGCGCUCCGGCUCUACGAUCGAUGACCUCGCGACCGCCGCAAUUGCAACUAGCCCUGUUUUGGCUGAAGCAAGCACCUUUUCUCUUUUAAAUGGAAGCUCAAACACUGCUACUCGCCCUUCUACAUCCUAUAUUCGUCGCUAUAGUCAUGACGGUCCAUCAAAUGGUCCGCCCGCGAAGCGCAUCAAAUCCGAGCGAUUACCUAGCUUCGAAUGGUCGCCUCGCGCAGAGAGACCGAAAACGAGUGGUGGCUAUAGCAGUAAACCCGAGGUCGAUCACGAAGAUGCGCUUCUAUUGCUUGAGUUGAAGAACGAGGUCAAUUUCAAAAACCUUACAAAUACCCCCAAGCUUGAUACGAUGCCUGAACACCAGCUAUCGACAUCUCCUACCUCUCCCCAGUCACCUUCAACCCUACGGAACCCGCAAAGGAGCCCGACCACACAACUACAUCAGAGCAUGAAGAGUCGGUCCGGAGAACAAUACAUAUUUGAAGGUCUAUCUAAUCAAGGGGACGUGUUAGUGGCAGACGGUCCCGAAUCAAUACACAUAGAAGCUGCGAUUGGGGAAAUGGUUCGGGAUGCUCAAGCUCGGGGGACUAGAGAAACUCACGCCGCAGCUGACUCUCUGCCACCAGUAGCCGAAGAACCACUUGAGUCUACACUUGCUGAAACAGAGCCGCUGCCGAAGAAGCACCGUCAAAUCAGGCCGGAACAGCAAGCCGAAGUCUGCGCGGCAUGUCAGCGUUUACAAUUAGACACUGUGGAUGACGAUGACACUUCUACGUUCUGGAUCAGUUGUAACGCUUGCAAACGCUGGUUUCAUGCAGAAUGUGCUGGUUUCAAGACAAAGGCAGAGGCAAGAGGCGUGGACAAGUAUAUCUGCAAAGAUUGCGAACCGAUCCAUGGGCCGACUACAUACGUGCGAAAGUCGUCCCGUCCUAGGACUGCCAUUGACUAUGCUGGUCUCAACCAAGGAGUGGUCAAGUCAUCUGCAGAGACGUCGACUCACCACUACAUCCAACGGCUCAAAGAAGGCAAGAUGAACGUCCUACCGGAUGAUUUCGCUCGAAUCAGGCCAGAACUGCUUACAAUGGAGUUCAUGGAAAGUUUUGAGGGAUUCAAACGACCCUUUGUGGUUCCCGCCGAAUGGAACCCUCGAUUUGGCGUAAGGCCGGUACCUGUCGAGCGCGAUUCAGAUCCUCCCGCGAAAGAUUCCACAACUUUCACACUCAUCAAUAGUGCAGGAGGAGAAGCAGGUUCCGAUACCGCGUCACCGCCGGAGGUGGACGAAGAAGAGGUUAUUGAUUGUGGCCAGGACUUACUGGACAUGGUAAUUCCACGCGAAUUGACAGUCCGAAAAGUGGCCGAGCUUUGCGGCCCUGAGGAAUCUGUACCCGUGAUCGAUGUUAAGUCUCAAGAGACCAAGGGCCAUUUCACGCUCCAACAAUGGGCAGACUAUUAUGAGCUUGAGGGCGAAAAGCCUAUCCGAAACGUUAUCAGUCUCGAAGUUUCACACACUCCACUUGGCAGACUGAUCCGACGGCCCAAAGUGGUUCGAGAUCUUGAUCUGGACGACCAUGUUUGGGAGGCUGACGCGGAGACCCGAAUCAAGAAAAAACCAGUAUCGUUCUAUUGCCUGAUGUCUGCUGCCGACAGCUACACAGAUUUCCAUAUUGAUUUCGGGGGCUCCUCUGUUUAUUACCACAUCCUGCGAGGUAGGAAGACGUUCUUCUUCAUUCCGCCAGAAGACAAAUACCUCAAGAAGUAUGAAGAAUGGUGCAACUCUGACUCGCAGAAUGAGACUUGGCUUGGAGACCUGUGCGGGGGCAACUGUACAAGAGUUGACCUUCACGAGGGAGAUACAGCAUUUAUCCCCGCGGGUUGGAUUCAUUCUGUUUGGACUCCCGAAGACAGUUUGGUGAUUGGCGGCAACUAUUUGACUCGUCUGGACUAUGACAUGCAGUGCAAGGUCGUCAACAUCGAGAAGGUGACCAAAGUUGCCCCAAAAUUCCGCUAUCCAUAUUUCCAGAAAGUCAUGUGGUAUGCGUUGAUCAAAUAUCUCGAUGAAGAUCCGCUUCCCGAAGAAGUUUUGAAUGACUUCCACGACGAUCCCGACUAUGUCUUCUUGCGAGCAAACCCGAUUUGGCACGAAGUCGGAGAGUUUGAAAAUACAGCGGAGCCCGGUGAUCCAGCUUACAAUUCGAGGUAUUAUCCGAAAUCCGAGGUGAGCGGCUGGCCAGCACUACGAGAUUUUCUGUAUCGUACAGCUCGAAUAGAUGCGGGUUUGCCUGUGCCAGACAUUACCAAGAGACAGAUCGAUGCUGUCAAGGCGUCUAUACCCAAGGGAUAUGGCGAUCCACUCGUGAUGAUUAAAAACUUCGCAAUCUGGUGCGCUUGGAAGAUUGGCAACACCACCGCACCAGACUGGGUCUACUCAGAUUUUGACUUGGACCUAGAAGAGGCAGAGACAGCGAAGAAACCCGAGCCAAUCCGUCCGUCCGGAGAGCGAAGUUCACCUCGAAAAGCAGCACAAGCGCAGGCACAGGUGCAAGCGCAAGCUAAGGCACAGACACCUGCCAAAACCGGACCCAGAGGGAACGGGUUGAGAGUCGCUUGUGAGCCUUGUCGGAAGCGACGUAUAAAAUGCCGACAUAAGUCUGGUGGUGAAACACCUCGCCGAACGCCAGAGAUUCGACCAAGAAGCUUUUCCAGCACCGAUCAUCAUCCCCUGGCGGGCGCUGGAGCGUUCACCAACGGCACCAUGGGGGAUGCUUUAUCUCCGGAAGCACGAAUAUCGGACGGUGUCGGUACAGAAGUGACACAAUCUGACCCUCAGUCAUCCUCGAAGAAAAGCCGGAGCAAAGCCUGUGAAGACUGCAGGAAGAGCAAACGUCGUUGUGUACAUGAUCAAUAUGGCCGCAUCGAUCCUGCCAAAGUAGCAGAGCCCUCGAAGCCCCGUGGAUCGGCGAACGCGAAACGAGCCACGCAGGCCAAUGACGAGGUUAGACAAACAGGACCAGAGAUUGACAAUCUAGAGGACUUAAUUGAUCCCGCCUUGACCAAUGGUGACGCCUCUCAAUUAGCCAAUGAUGCUAAUGAGGAGGCGUACCCUACGCCAGGACCUUCGAAGAACGAGUGCCCUGCUGACGAUACCAAACACGAAGACGGGGAUGUUUCCCUGACGAACGGGGUCAGUCAAGAAUCGGUGCCAAUCGAUCCGGCCCUAGGGAAUACCGAGGAAGAAGCAACACCCAUCAAAAUUGAGCGUGAUCAGACCGCAGUGUCGGCGGAUUCGAAUCAAAACGGCAACGUUGCCACUCCGACUACGAUUCCAAAUGGAGGAUCGGUUAAAGGCGAAUUUUCUGGUCCUAACACUUGGUCGCGUGGGUCGAGGCAGUCGUCUCGGCAACCCAAGCAAGUAGAAAGAUACACGCCCGAAGAUAAAAGGUCGCCCAGCAAGCCAUAUCCAAAGCCGCAAAGGAACGAUCGACGGGCUUCCAGUGCUGCAAGCGCACAGACAGUGGUGACGGUUAUCAAAAGCGAACGCUCAUCAAGCAACACUUCGAGUACCACGCACCAAAUGGCGGGCAUGAUCGCCAGCAGACGUAGUGCGUCUCGCGAAGCCUCCGUCCGACCCGUUAGCAGAGGAAGUACAGGCGGAGAAAGCGACAUGAACGCAGACGAAAGGUUUGCAAGAGAGCUUCAGGCGGCUGAAAAUGGGUUAAGGCGACGGACCAGUAUGAGGGCUUAG